AUGGUUAAUGUUAAAGUGGAAUUCUUAGGAGGAUUGGAUGCAAUUUUCAAUAAGCAGAGACAAUAUAAAUUAGUAGUGCCAAAUACUCCAACAGGGGUUACCGUAGGUGAUUUGAUUCAAUAUAUUGUUGCUAACAUGAUUAAGAACCAAAGUGAUAUAGAGGUUUUCAUCCAAGAUAAUACUAUUAGACCAGGUAUACUUACGUUGAUUAAUGAUACCGAUUGGGAGUUGGAAGGCGGUGAAGAUUAUAUACUAGAAGAUGGUGAUGUGGUUUCAUUUACCUCUACUUUGCAUGGUGGAUAG